UCUUGGCUCUGGCUCUCGAAGGAGCCCCAGCAGCAGCAGAGACAGGAGGUAGGAACAGCAGCAGCAGCAGCAACGGUAGCAGCAGCAACGGGCGGAGGAGGGAUGAGAGGUGAGGUCACGUCUCCCCUGAGCCCAGAGCUGGCUUUUCAGAGCUUCUGGAGCCCCCGGCCAGAGUCCGCAGCCUCCGCAGGCCUCCUGUUCUGCCCCCGCCUCCUCGGCCUUUCCCAUGUCUCAGCACCGCCCCACGUCGGACUCCAAGAGGGCUUUGGACGGCAGUCCCGAGACCAACAUCGAGGAUGAUGCCCCCGAGGAGGAGGUCCAGAUGCCCCCCAACUACCUGCUGCUCACCAUCUUUUCCUGCUUCUGCCCCGCGUACCCCAUCAACAUAGUGGCCUUCGUCUUCUCCAUCAUGUCUCUAAACAGCUUUAACCAAGGUGACAUAGAAGGGUCAAAGAGAUUGGGCCGAAACGCCAAGUGGGUUGCUAUUGCAUCAAUCAUCAUUGGCCUUGUGAUCAUCACCAUCUCUUGUGUGGUCCACUUCACAAUGGAAAGAUCUUGAUAAUAUGAAAGCCUGCAACUACAAGGAAGGAUUAACAUAUCUGAGUGUGGCAGACCAGGCGUUUCUGAAGAGUGGCCCUUCAUUUCACACUGUCAGAUCUUAUCCUUCUCCUCUCAGGCUUUCCAGAGGCAGGUCCUUGGUGAAUGAGCUAAACAAAUCCAAUGUUUAUGAAACACGAGGGGCAUGAUCAGAUCAGCCACAGUAUUUGUUAAAAAAAAAAACACCUCCAUUUGCCAUCAGCCACCCUACCCUUGUCCUCUUUCUCCUCUUCUUCCUGCUCAUUCUCUCCCUCCUGCUCCACCUCUUCCUCAUCUCAGGUACAGUGGGUGCUGAUGACCCUCUGGAAAUCCCAGUUGCUUUCCAUUCAUGUGGAGAAUUUCCUGGAUAUUGGGGUUUUAUUUCCUAUGAUCCCCAAGACCCAGCAUUCAUGCUGUUUACAACAUUUGUAGGCUAUCUUAGCAUCACCUUACCCUAAAAACUCAGUUGAAUUUGUGACUUUUUUACAUACUCAAGCUUCAGCAGAAUUACUGUAGUCCCUUCCUCCCUCAGUCCUGAGUUCUUCAUUGAUUCCUGUCCAACUCUCAACCACUGAUGGGAACCCUUUGGUCCUUGAUCAUGGCUUUCCCUUUGCCAUGGCAUCUCCUUCCUUUGACUAUUUCAACUAUGGGACAACUUGAUAAAAGAGCCACCCGCCUCCUCCAAUAUACCCUAAGUAUAUUUGGGCUCCCUCCAGUCUAUGCACUUCAGACCUUUGCUUCCCUUUUGAAUGAAUGGCUGCUGACAGAAAGUGCUUUUUUCAUCUCUUCUAUACUAAGCCUUCACAAGUUCCUUGAUUUCUUUAUAUGCCAUCAAAAUGUUGCUAUCUAUUCCCAGCUGCAUUUCUUUUCCAUCCCCUGUGAGUAUGAGUAUACCAACUCAUGACACCAUUUUUCUGCCUGCCGGGACAUACUAAGCACAAUGGUCUUGUCCAAAUGAAAAGGACUGAGAGAAGGGGGAGAGGGCAACAUAGCCUAAUUGGAAACAAAGGCUGGGAGUUGGGACACCAGUUCUAGAUUUGCCAAUAGUGACCUGAGGCAAGUCUGGGCCUCAGUUUUUAGAAUCUGGAAAAUGGGGAUGAUAAUGGCUGCCCAACUUACCUCACAAGGUUAUUGUUGAGUGGGAAGAGAUUUAAGAUGGAUCUGGAAAAUUCAAAGCUUCCUAUAGAGGUUGAUUCAUCAUUAUUAGCCAAUCUCAGGCUUUGGUUGAAACCUUGGACCCUACUGGGAAGUAAAUGGACCUCCAAUUUCAACAUUCAUCUCACUCAAAAAAGAAACAACACAAGCCAGCACUUGUCUCAGGUGAGCAUUUGGAUCAGGAACCCACUGUCAGCACAUUGAGGUGAAGUAGCACCCCAUGUCCUCCUCUGGGUCCUCACUGCCCUGUUUCUGAGGCCCUGGUGGGCUUUGCUCUGCAUCUUUGUGUUGGUUUGUUUUCAUUGUUUGCUCCUUCCUCAUUGCAAUGAUGGUGUUGCUGAUAUGCACAAUAAAAGGAGUUUUAA